AUGGAUGAUCAAUUGAAACAGUUUCUAUUUCUUCUUCCCUCGCAGUGUAAUUUUCAUUAUGAUAACCAUGUCAGGAAGGAAAUAAGAAGAGCAUUAUUCCUAUCAGUCACAGAUAAUGGAAGAUAUCUUGAUCGAGUAUUUCCAGAGUUGUCAAACCCAUCUGAGGAGCUUGAAAAGGAUUUGAAUUGGAAAUUGUCGGAGUAUCUGGAAUCUAUCAAUGCAGGUAAAUACAGACACGUUGAACAAGGGCAUUUUGCUUCUCAUCCAAAUCGAACGUGCUCAAGAGUUUUCAGACGAGGGGAACCAAUCAUUCGAUGCUUAACGUGCGCAUACGACCAGUCCUGUGCAUUAUGCUCUCAUUGCUACCGUCCUUUGGAGCAUGAAGGGCACGAGAUUGUCAUUCAAAUUUGUAUUCGCGAAAACGGAGGCGUAUGCGAUUGUGGAGAUCCAGAAGCCUGGAAAGCCUCAAGUCAAUGCGCACAUGCUUCUAGUGAUCUUGAGGGUUCUGAUAAGAAGCUUCCUAAGAAUUUUCAGCUAGCACUAGUAAAAACAUUUGGCGUAAUUUUAGAUUUCCUAAUUGACAUUUCGAUAAACUGCGAUAUGCAUUUCAGUUCACCACAGGAAGUAGACUUCAAGACAGUGCAAUAUAACUUUGCAUCCAGCACACUAGAUCCCCACAAAUAUGGUAUAUGCAGCAAUAAUUUGGCCGACGGCAAUAACGACAAAUUUUAUCUUCAAUUGUAUAAUGAUCAAGUGAGACACUUUAGGGACGCAGCACAACGCGUUCGUUUAGCAAGCCAAAAGUCUAACGAAUUUGCUAAAAUGGUGACAGAAAGGGUGCAUAAUUUCGGGAAAGCAGAAGUGUUAGCUUCGAAAGAUAUAAGCCUUUUGUUGGAAAGACAAAAAAUCUUGAGCGCUACUGGACUAGCGUCAUCUAUUCGAAGCGAGAGAGACGUUUUUCGUGAAGCAAUGUGUCAAGAUAUGAUUGUAUGGCUCAGUGAAUUUACAGAAAGCGAGUUUUUCAGAUCAAGUAUUACGACUGAGGAUUUAUUCGCCCAGGCAUUUUGCGAGAAAUGGCGGCCCGGGUUGAUUAACAAGCAGGAAGCAAGACGAAACGGUAACGGCAGGGCAGGCGUAUUGGGUGAUGAUUUCGAAAUACCUAAAUUAACAAGUGAGAACCAUCGCACUCUAUGGGUUGAAGAAGAUGCGCAACAGACAGAAAUACUUUGCAAACAUUGCGGAAAUCGUGAGUCAGUAAACGCUUCUGCAGUUGGAUCACGAUUGCAAUACAUGAUGUUUUUAAACCUAAGAUUAUGGAAGGCUUCUCGUGAAUUGAUGCAUGUCAUGUAUUCAACAUCCUUAGUCACCAAUGCCAAAUACAAACAUAUAAUGUGCAGCCAAUACAUGGAAAUUUAUACGGGAGCGGCAGACCAAUUUCUAUCCCUAGACAGGGAGCCCGAGCUCAAUGUCAUGUUUAGCCUUUCCAUUCAACUUUUUUCUAAUCCGCGCAAUUCCGAAUCAAUAAUUAAAGAAGGUGACUUCAUCUCGGUCCUUUCUGCAGUUUUUGUCUUUUUGACAUCGGAGAAAAUACUGGAAAGUACGCUUAAAAACAGAAGAAGCCGCGAGAUUUCGAUCAGAAGUCUACGCAACAGACGAUGGGGCCAGCUCUUUCUCGACAUUGGCUUUAUUAUAAGUAGGGGCAAACAGUUUUACGAUGUUUCCAAUGAUGAUAUUUCCCGCGCAGUUUGUGAUCUCUUGGGUCUUUUCCAAGGGAGGCCCGUGAUGAAGAGAGAAAAGAACAAUCACGUUGAGUAUGAAAAUCCUGACUUUUCAACGUUUUUCAACUCAGCGCUGGUGAUUUACAAAUUUGCAGAUUUGAGUGCGCUGACUCUCAAUAGUUGGUCAAGCGAUGUCCACAUCCGACAAACCAAGGCAUUGGGUGCCAUUGGGUACGUUAUCUCCUAUUUAAUAACAUUGGAAUCCCACAACAUAGAAGGUAUCAAUUAUGAAAAUACCGAUAUAAAGUCUCUUGCGCACAGAAAGACCAUAGCGGAACCAAUGACUAGGAUAGCAUUAAAAGCUUUAAAUUGGGAUGAUGACAACGUCAGCUUUCUUCAUCCAUUGCACUCAUACGUUUGCUCCUUAAUCGAGUCUGCUCAGUUUCAAGACUGGGAUGGUUUAGUUGAAAAGUUCAAGGAGGUUGGACUGAGAAUAGGUUUGCCAGAAUCAUUUUCCGUGGAGUCCUUAAUUUUUGACUACCCUAUAAAGACGCUAGUGCUCAUGUCACAAAUAAAAUGUGGUUACUGGGUUCGAAAUGGGUUUACUGUGAAGUCUCAAUUGCAUUUGUACAAAAAUACCGGAUUGCGUGAAUAUGGGUAUAUGAGAGAUUUGUUCUUGAUUCAAAUCUUUAGCUGUAUAUGUGAUCCCGACUUUGUGGGUUUUAUGAUCCUUGACCGUUGGAUGUUACUAGGAGACUGGGCUUAUUCAAAACAUGAACUGCCGUAUGACGCACAAACUUUACCCUUUAUCCUCGAGGAGUGUGCUAGCUUUUUUAUUCAUUUGAUGACCGAAAAUUCGUCCUUAAAGGGUCUUUCCGAGUCAGACGUAGGUAAAAUCAGGAUCGAGAAGGAGAUUAUUCAUAACUUGUGUUUUGGACCGUUGAAUUAUAAAAAGCUAUGUUCUUGCAUAUCUGAAAGAGUGGUUCUUGACAAGCGUUUUGAGAUAAUAUUGAAUAAAAUGACAAACUAUACGAAACCAGUGGGGAACAACGACUCAGGAAUGUUUGAGCUCAAAGAAGAAUAUUUAGAAGAGGUGGAUCCAUACUAUUUCAAUUACUCGACAAACACUAGAGACGAAGCUUUGACAUUCGUCAAGGAACGGAUACACAAGGUAACAGGCAGUCCCUUAAGCAGCAUUGUUAUUGAGCCUGACUCCAAUGUAAAUGACAUCUUGGACAUUUACAAAUACUGUGGAAACGUUUGUACUUCAGUUCAUUUUACUAAAUUUGUGAUCAAGAUGUUGUCCUUUAUUUGGAAGCAAGAUUUUGACAAAGUCGAAAGCUUGAUGGAGACCACUUUGCACUUGAUACAUGUUUGUUCGUUGGAGAGCCUCAUCGACACACAGAAGCAUGUAUCAUUUUUCACCAGGUUUGUGUCAGUGGCGUCCGACUACUCGCCUGUUUCUAUUAGUGUACUUUUAAGUCGGUUCCUUUUGGAUGAAAGAUAUACAAAAGUCCAUGCUAAAAUACGUGCUAUUAUGUGCAAGCUAGAACAGAAAUACUCAUGCCUUGAAAGCAUCAUUAAUGAACAAUUAGUGGGUUGCGGUUUAGGGCACAUUACUAUUAGUGCACCAAGUGAGGUCAGUUCAGAAGAUGAAGUCUCAAAGAAGAAGAAACUUGCAAAAUUGAGGCAAGAGAAAUUGCUCAACAAAUUCAAGAAACAACAAGAUAAGUUUUUAAAACAAAACAAAGAUAAUGCUAUAGAAUGCGAUGAUGCUGAAAUGGAGGAAGAUAAAUCGGGAUCUCCUUGGCGCUUGUCAGAUGCCAACUGCAUCUUGUGUCAGAAUGCCAGUUUGGACUUAGGCCCAUUUGGUAUUAUCGCAAACAUUGGAAAGUCCUCUACUUUUAGAAAUGUGCCCUUCGAGAACGCAUAUUGGUUUUUGAAAUCCUUCUCGGACCCAGCAAAUUUAAACAAAAACCCUAGACAAUGCCGCGAGUCACGCUCUCACGGUUGGAAUGAAUUUAUGGCGAAUGUAAAGGAAAAUAAUGCAUUUGGACCUGGAUUUGACUCCAAUGAUUGUGUUGAAAGUAAGUUGACAGCACUGAGUUGCGGCCAUGGAAUGCACUUCAAGUGUUAUCUUAAUUACCUUGAAGGAAUUAGAACAAGACUAAACCAAAUCACUCGAAAUACAUUCGAGAAUCCCAAGGUGAAGGAGAUUCUUUGCCCUUUAUGUAAAGCAGUUAACAACGUCUUCAUACCUGUUUUCAGUUCAGAUCAUCGAGAAAGUAUGGAGGAAUUCUUGUCCACUCAAGGCAGUCAGCAUAUAAACAAAAGCCCACUUGAUGAAGAUUGCAUUUUUAAUUUGAUCGAGUCUGCAAGUUCCAAUUUUACAGUUUCAUGCCUGGUGGAGGGGCAAACUUGGCUAUCGUGGCUAAAAACUAAUCAUGGUGGAUUCAAUACGUCAUGGAAUAGUAUCUUAAAUUCAAUUGCUCCUAUUACAUUUCCCAGGUCCUUUGAGUCAGCAUUGCCUAUGAUAUUGUCCAAUACCAUAAAGUCAACAGAAAUUGCCUUACGUGGCGUUGAUUCGGGACGAACGUUAGUCUUUGAUCAGAUUCCUAGCAAGUCACUUAUAACUAUGAAGGCAAUGAAUGAAUUGCGCUUGUUGAUGCAAGUUGAAGAGAUUGACUCCAUUGUUAGACUUACUGAUGAUGCUUUAGCAAAAGUAUUGGCAAAAAUUAUGUCCUUUUCGGCUACUGGAAUCAACGAGGCCAUAGCGGAAGCAGAUUUUACCGACUUACUAAUUGAAAUCACACCAUUAAAUCCAUUGAGACUCACUUUUAAUCAAGUUUUAAGGGUGACUUUUGUUGGCCAUGUGAUUCAAUGUUUGUACGUGCUAAUACGAGGCAUAAGGUCCAAUGUCGUUGUCAACAGUUGGAACUAUAGUAUUCACGACAUUCCCCAACUUACAGACAUAGAGCCGCUGGUGGUACCAGAGGUGAUAAAAUGCUUCAACAUGUUGGGAGGGAACGAUAUCACUGCCCUAGGUAGGAACAUUGGGCAGAUACUAUACACCAUGGUGGUGAAGUCAGUGACUCCAUUUUUGCGCAGAGCUGGCAUAUAUGCGUUUAUACAAUGCAACAACUCGGAACAGUCGAGUCCCAAUAUCAAAUACAGAGGGUCCUUGGAAGCAGACGAGUUGUGUAAUUUUAUGAAUAUUCCUACAAUCUCAGAGACCUUCAAAUACUUUUCGGAUUUAGAGUCAUGGGAGGGAAAGUUGCUACAUAAUUUUGCCACUAUUUUUAUCCCCAAAACUAACAGAGUAUUAUUGGCUAAUCGAGAAUUGGAAUAUCCUGGAAUUUUCAAAUUGAUUGAUUUACCAGACAGACUUGAUGAUUUUUUCACGCAGUACUAUUACCUGGAGAAGUUUAGCAAACCGUACCAGAAAAUAGAGGACCCAGCUAUUUGCUUGGUCUGUGGUACAGUUGUCGAUCUACAAAACCAAGCCGUUGGGACAGUCGAGGGUCAGUGCACUGCACAUUAUUCGAGGGAAUGCUCGAGUGAAGAUGGCAUCUUCUUGUUACCAAAGGACAGGGUUAUACUAUUACUACACAAGUAUAAAGGGUCCUUUCAUACCGCACCAUAUUUAGAUGAUCUGGGAGAAUUGGCCGAUGACAACAAAAGAGCUAGGACUUUGCAUUUAAUGCAGUCUCGAUACGAUGAUUUCAUCAGAAAUGUUUGGUUAGACCAUAACAUCGCGAAUUACAUCGCAAGAAAUUUGGAGAGUGUCUUGGAUCCGGGCGGUUGGGAAACUUUAUAG